UGUCCUGCGCCCAGCUGCCUAUUCUGCGCUGCCCGCCCCGCGUCACGCUGCCAGCCCCGCACACGCUGGCCGCCGCCGGCACGCUGGAGGCGCUGCGCCGCCACUCGCGGCAGAUCGCCGCGCGCCGCGACCGCCGCGUGCAGUUCACGGAGCGCGUCCGAGAUGGCGCCCGCGGCGACGGCGCUGAGAGUGGCGGCUCCGAGAUGUCCGGCGGCAGCAACGGCGCAGACGAGCGCGCGCGCCGCCCCUCCACCUGCCGCGUGGAGAUGGGCGCCCUGCUGGCCGCGGAGCCGCGUCCGCCCGACAACAAAGUUAAGCGUCACAGUAUACAUGGCAUGACAGAGGAGGAAAAUGUGGUGCGGCCGCAUCAGGAGAUGGAGGUGCUGUCUCUGGAGGAGAAGAAGUACCUGCUGGGUGUGGAGCGGGGUGACGUGGCGGGCACACGGCGGGUGCUGCAGCGCGCGCGCGGCGGCGGCGCCGUCAACGUGGACUGCGUGGACCCGCUGGGCCGCAGCGCGCUGCUCAUGGCCAUCGACAACGAGAACUUGGAGAUGGUGGAGCUGCUGCUGGAGUUCGGCGUGGAGACGCGCGACGCGCUGCUGCACGCCAUCAGCGAGGAGUUCGUGGAGGCCGUGGAGGCGCUGCUGGACCGCGAGGAGCGCGCGCGCCAGCCCGGCCAGCUGCACAGCUGGGAGGCGCUGCCGCCGGAGACGGCCACCUUCACGUCGGACAUCACGCCGCUCAUCCUGGCGGCCCACCGCGACAGCUACGAGAUCAUCAAGCUGCUGCUGGACCGCGGCGCCGAGCUGCCCAUGCCGCACGACGUGCGCUGCGGCUGCGACGAGUGCGUGCGCUCACGCCGCGAGGACUCACUGCGUCACUCACGCUCGCGCAUCAACGCCUACCGCGCGCUGGCCUCGCCGUCGCUCAUCGCGCUGUCCUCCAAGGAUCCCAUCCUCACGGCCUUCGAGCUGUCCUGGGAGCUGCGGCGCCUGUCGGCGCUCGAGCACGAGUUCAAGACCGAGUACCAGGAGCUGCGCGUGCAGUGCCAGGAGUUCGCGACCGCGCUCCUGGACCACACGCGCACGUCCCACGAGCUACAGGUGCUGCUUAACCACGAGAAAGGCUCGCCGCAGGCGCCGCUGGCCGAGCCCGGCGCCCCGGAGCGCAUGCGGCUGUCGCGGCUCAAGCUGGCAAUCAAGUUACGACAAAAAAAGUUCGUGGCGCACCCCAACGUGCAGCAGCUGCUGGCGUCCAUCUGGUACGAGAGUGUGCCGGGCUUCCGGCGCAAGAACAUGCUGCUGCAGGCGGCGGAGAUGGUGCGCAUCGGCGCCAUGUUCCCGCUGUACGCGCUGGCCUACGUGGCCGCGCCGCACUCCGCCGCCGGCCGCACGCUGCGCAAGCCCUUCAUCAAGUUCCUGUGCCACUCCGCCAGCUACUUCAUGUUCCUGUUCCUGCUUAUCCUGGCGUCGCAACGCAUCGAGACGGCGGCCAGCGGGCUGUUCUGGGCGGCGCCCCACACCACGCCGCUGUCGCGCCGCGGCGCGCCGCCUUCGCUGGUGGAGUGGCUGAUCCUGGCCUGGGUCAGCGGUCUGAUAUGGAGCGAGGUGAAGCAGCUGUGGGAUAUGGGGCUGCGCGAGUACGUACAUGACAUGUGGAACGUGAUUGACUUCGUCACUAACUCACUCUACGUCGCGACUGUCGCGCUGCGAAUUGUGUCGCACUUCCAGGUUCUGCGUGAAAUGUCCCUGGGCCUGGAGUGGAACCAGCCGCGCGAGAAGUGGGAUGCGUGGGACCCCAUGCUGCUUUCGGAGGGCCUGUUCUCCGCAGCCAACAUCUUCAGCAGCUUAAAGCUGGUGUACAUCUUCAGCGUCAACCCGCACCUGGGCCCGCUGCAGGUGUCACUCAGUCGGAUGGUGCUGGAUAUAUUAAAGUUCUUCGUUUUGGAUAUUCUCGUCAUAUUCGCUUUUUCUUGUGGCCUCAACCAGUUGCUGUGGUACUACGCCGACAUGGAGAAAAAGAAAUGCCACAUCAGCUCAUCCCUGACCCCUGCUAACGGGACGCUACUGGACCCCGACGCGUGCGUGGUGUGGCGGCGCUUUGCGAAUUUGUUCGAGACCAUGCAAACGUUGUUCUGGGCGGCGUUCGGUCUGGUGGACCUGGACUCGUUCGAGCUGGAGGGCAUCAAGAUCUUCACGCGCUUCUGGGGCAUGCUGAUGUUCGGCACGUACGCCGUCAUCAACGUCAUCGUGCUGCUCAACCUGCUCAUCGCGAUGAUGAACCACUCCUAUCAACUUAUAUCUGAACGCGCAGACGUAGAAUGGAAGUUCGCUCGCAGCAAGCUGUGGAUCAGCUACUUCGAGGAGGGCGGUACCGCUCCGCCGCCGUUCAACGUGGUGCCGUCGCCCAAAUCCGCCAUGUACGCGUGGCACUGGCUGCAGCGGCGGCUCUGCGGCCAGACGCGCGCCAAGCGGGAGCACAUGCGCACCAUCCGGAGAAAAGCUAAACAGGCAAAUGAACGAGACUUCAGAUACCAAGCCAUCAUGCGCAACCUGGUGCGGCGCUACGUCACGGUGCAGCAGCGGCGCGCCGAGUGCGGCGGCGUCACGGAGGACGACGUCAACGAGAUCAAGCAGGACGUGUCCGCCUUCCGCUGCGAGCUGGUGGAGAUCCUGCGCAACUCCGGCAUGAACACCUCCACGGCCAACGCGGGCGCGCCGGGCGGGGGAGGCGGCAAAAAGAAUCGGCAGAAGGAGCGGCGCCUCAUGAAGGGCUUCAACAUCGCACCGGGCGGCUCGCUGCCGCCCGUGGACGAGUUCUUCGCGUCGCUGCACCACGAGCACGACGCCCACGGCGCGCCGCACCCGCUGUCCGCGCUGCUGGGCCCGCGCCUGCGCGCCAGCCAGUCCAGCCUGUCGGACGCGCCCGCGCCGCGCCGCAAGCACAAGCGGCGCUGGGGCACGCUCAUCGACGCGGCGCGGCUCAUCGGCCGCUCGCGCUCCGAGGACUCCGUGUGCGACCACGCGCGCGCCUCGCCCAGCGAGCGCUCGGAGUCGGGCAGCGACUCGCAGCGCAGCCCGGAGCGCGCGCGCAGACGGGCGCUGCCCGCGCUGUCGGCGCUGGCGGCGCUCAAGAGCAAGCGCAAGAAGUUCUCGGACUCGCGGCGCGCGGCGCAGGGCGCGGCCGAGGCGCUGCAGCGCGCCAGCUCCGUGCCCGCGCGCGCGCCGCCGCCGCCGCCGCCGCGCCCGCGCGCCCCGCCCGCGCCCGCGCCCGCCGGCGAGCGCGCGGCCGCCCGCGGCGGCAGCCGGGAGCCGCUGCUGGCCAGUCUCGAGGACGACGCCCUCAAGGAAGCGUGCGGCCAUUGCGGGUUCGAGGGUGCCGCAACGCGGGGCACCACGGACGCGUCGUCCGAGCGCACGCCCGACGCGCCGAGCGCGGCCGGCGACGCGGGCUCCGCGGACGCGACGUGCGCGCGCUGCGCGGCGCAGGCGCGGCUGGCGGGCGUGACGCCUCUGCACGGCCACGCGCCGCAGCACUCGGCCGGCUGGCUGUAGCGACGCCGCCGUUUACCCGCACCCUCGCGCCUGUUCUCCGGACAACAAAAGUCUCACCACCCGCACCGAGAAACUGUCAUUUUAUAUAGACGACCACAUAUCAUGAUAUGACAACUCCAUUUACUUAUAGAUUUACGUACCUUAUUACGGCGACCCCUACCUACUAUAAGUUGAAAACUUCCAGUAGGUAAGGACUCGCCUCACGCCAUGCGCCUGCGCAGCAGGAAUUGUCCGGAGGCACGUGUGAGGUUCUCCGUGUGAGAGGCGCCAGUGAUGCCGACGCGACUACCUUAGCAAAAGAUAUGAUGUCCACGGUCUGGCUUAGCAAGAUAUUGUCGCCUUCUAUCCCGUAUACUAGCUACUGUUACACAGUGAGAUGUUAUUGCCCUGCGCCUUUGGCCGGGAAAAACUUGGCUGGUGAUGCGCAGUAUUAGCAAACUACUGGGAUGAUUUGCGAAAACAAUUAUCAAACGAAUGAAUUAUUUAGUAACGUAAUGAAAAAGAAAAGAUAGAAAGAAGGUCUAUUCGUUCUAAAUUAGCCGUAAGAGGAUCCACGCUUUGGUCGGCUGUUUGGGGCAAGAGGUUUUAGUCAUCAAUGCUAUAACGUCUCACGGGCUCCAUAUCUAAUUUGUUUUAAAAACACCUAAAACGAAUAUAGCUUUUUUAAAUACAAACUGGGUAUUUAAGCGGUUUUUUAAAUGUAUCACCAUAGAAGGCCUGUGUAUGGUAGAUGAUUCGUACUGCUGAAACGAACAAGACAAGAUACUUAUAAGUAUCUUUUGAAACUGAUACUAACCGAUGGACGCACAGUUUGACGCGGUGUAUGGUGUUCCUAAAUUACUUACUGGCACUACCUAACCAUACUGGAACCAUAAUGUUGUGAGGGUUUUUUGUAAAUACAUUCGUAAGGGCAUAAAGGAAAAACCUUCAAAAUACAUCUGCAUCACGAUUAGCAGCAAUGGCGUCACAGAACUAUUUUCAGAGAACCUACUUAGCACGUGCCUAGUUAUCGCUAACUUACAAUUAAUAAUGAAGAGAUCAACGUAACAAAACAUUAUUUAAUCGAAUGUAAGUACCUACUUAGAUAUUAUUAUCCUAUAUUAUAGUAAACUAAAUAAAUGGACAUAUUUAUCGAACACCAACUAGUUAAGUAGAUGCAACUAUUUUAGUCCUAAGUGUAUUUUACAAAUUGCAUUGCAUUAUAAUGUAGUAAGAUACUAUAAUAAAAUAUGUAAUAGAAUAAUAGAAUUGUUAUAAUUAGGUACCUUAACUGCGAACUGAAUCAGCAGUGUGGUGAAAUUGGGCUCAUCCCGGGUAGAGUUGCCCGUGCACUAAUUCUUGUGGACAACGUUAAAACAAUGUUUUAGAAAAACUUUCUCAGACUAAUAAUUUAUUUGCUGCAAUUGUUCUUGAGUACCUUAUCAAAAUUUCGAAAAUCGCUAAUGCUAAAAGUUUUUCCAGAGAGAUUUCAGCAGCUAAUUCGCAACCUCUUAAUUAAGAACAAUGUAAUCAGUGCCCGGAUAAAUAGCAAUUAUUUGAGUAUUUAUCGCAAUAAACUUAUAUCUUUAACUGCCCGCCGAUUUUUACAUUGCCCACACUGCGGAUUUGGCCCGUAACAGGCAGCUAAAUACUAAAUAUAAUAUAGUCUACAAAUAAUGUGUUCCAGAAUGUUUUCCAGGUGUAAGUUGUUCGAUCCGCACACGAAUAUAUAUAGAAUAAUUUACUUAGGGGUUAAGAUCGAACAAGAAGAAACAGGGAUUUUAUGUGAAACAUGUUGUCCAAUUUACUGAGUAUACUAAUAUAGCCGCUCCCGAGUCCUCUUUUACAAAUCACAUCAUAGACCUUUGCGUACGGAACCUUAUCAAUGUUGAAGAUUCAGUUGUAACCUUUCUGAGGGCGACUUUUAUAAGUAGCGUCACUGCUUGUAUCCAAAAAUAAUUGUAUAAUCGCAAUAUAGGGCAUAGCCAUCCGUAGGACAAGGAUGGUGCAGAAUAUUACAAGAUGGCGGAGGCAUAAUGCCACCUAUCGCCUAUCAGUCACAUCAUUUUCCCCCAUCUUUUGUGCAAAGGACCCGGUAGUCCUUUGUUGUGGUUUGUUCUAUUUCUACUUUAUACUACGAACGUGAAAAAGAUACUUAAGUACUUAGUAAAAAAUUAAGUAAGUAGUAAAAUUAAGUAGCAUUUAUCAAAAAACAUAGGCAUGUAAAUGCAUUUGUAAAACGUUUGCCAUCCCUGGCCUAGCCUCUAUAGUGUAUAGAAAGGCAGGUACCUACCUACUGUCCAACUGAACGUUACGAUUACGGGGCUUACGUAAGAAAGCAAUAAAUAAUACCCAUCUAUCGAUCACUAGUACUAAGUACACCUAGUUCCAUCACUGAUAUAUUGUAGGUAAGUACCUAAUAAGAAUAUCCUCCAUUGAGUUCCUGCAGUCAAAGCUAGACGAAGAUUCUAUUGAGAGCUUUACAUAACCAUUCGAGCUUACACACUAAAAGCUUUGGUGCCACAGACGCAAGUGUGACAUCCAUUACCAUCUUCAGCUACAUGAAUGCCUCACUGACAGUACCGCAAAAGCGCGUGGGUCCGUUAACCUUAUGGUAUGUGAUGAACCUAAUGCUUCCCCACUGGCUGGCGCCUCCAAACUUGUCCCUGUUGGUUGGCUACAAUACAUAGCUACAGCCGAUCAUUGAUUUGGCUUUUAUCCUGCAUUCUCAUAUCUUAAAAGUUUUUCUUCUAGUUUUCUCAUGUAAAAUGUUUUUACAAUACGUAUGAAUUAAGAACUCGGUGUCUUAUAUGUGCAAUACCGGUUAAAAUUGUACAUAAGUAUCUACUACUUAAAAUGACAUACAUUUUUCGCCUCGUAAUUUAAUUCAAUCUUUUGGUGCUGGUAUCUUCAUCGCUGAGCGAAGCUUCUCGCAGUUAAUGCUCAGAAGCAUGCCGCUGCUGAAAGGUGAGACGGGAUAAUGCGUUCAAUGUACUAUUUUCAGAUUAGCGCGCUGCCAUUAUUUAGGUACUAGAUACAUCGUCAUAUCGAAAACUGCCCAACGAAUAAAUAGAGGAGGUAGUUUGGUCUGUUUCCAUUUCCUUUUCAACAUUCCUGAUCUCCUCUAGUAGGCCCCGUUCUACGAUGUUUGAGUACUUAGCGUGGUUAGCACCAGCUCAUCAUUUGUCAGCCACCUCGCCAGCUUGGGGAGAAGUAGGUAGAGGUGUAGAACACUGCGCACAGUAGCGAGCCGUUAUAAGAUAUUGUUGUUAUAGUUCACACGGAUCGACUGUAUCGUCUCGUGUUAUCGAUUGUCGUAUCGAGUAGUAUCACAGGAGGCCUUCACGCGUUUAGUUGUUUGCGGCGCGAUCGCCACAUAAUCGAUUUAUAUUUUGUAAAGAGUUGUUGUUUAUUUAUACAUUAUA